AUGAAGACUCUCAUCUUCCUUGCUCUUUUGGGAGCUGCUGUGGCUUUCCCCGCUGACGACGAUGACAAGAUCGUCGGGGGUUACACCUGUGCCAGGAAUGCCAUCCCUUACCAAGUGUCUCUGAACUCUGGCUACCACUUUUGCGGAGGUUCCCUCAUCAAUGAACAGUGGGUGGUGUCCGCUGCUCACUGCUACAAGUCCCGCAUCCAGGUGCGUCUGGGAGAACACAACAUUGAGGUCCUUGAGGGCGGUGAGCAGUUCAUCAACUCCGCUAAGGUCAUCCGCCACCCCCAGUACAAUGCAAACAACAUUGACAAUGACAUUAUGCUGAUUAAGCUGAGCACCCCUGCCACCCUCAAUGCUCGCGUGGCCUCCGUUUCUCUGCCCAGUUCCUGUGCAGCUGCUGGCACCAAGUGUCUCAUCUCUGGAUGGGGAAACACUCUGAGCAAUGGUUACAACUACCCUGAGCUCCUGCAGUGCCUGCAAGCUCCCAUCCUCUCUGACAGCGUUUGCCGUAAUGCCUACCCUGGCCAGAUCUCCAGCAACAUGAUCUGUCUGGGCUACCUUGAGGGUGGAAAGGACUCUUGCCAGGGUGACUCUGGUGGCCCUGUGGUCUGCAAUGGAGAACUUCAGGGUAUUGUCUCCUGGGGCUAUGGCUGUGCCAUGAAGGGCAAACCCGGUGUCUACACCAAGGUCUGCAACUACGUGAACUGGAUUCGUCAGACUAUGGCUUCUAACUGA